AUGAGCGAGCAUGAUCUGUCCGCACUGGAUGGUCUUCUAGAUGAGCUGGACAUCGACGAGAAGGGAGACCAAGAUCCCCGCGCAGCCAAGCUCAAAGCCCUGUUCGAGAAGGCGAAAGCCGAAUAUACGGCCAAGAUCGACGUUCCGACAUGGUACAUUUCACCCAGCACAUGCAGUGCUACUUUCCAGAUCAGCAACUUUGUGGUGCCAAGUCCACUGCAACUUGUUUGCGAGCGCAAAGCGAACCGAACCGGAUCGACGAAUCAAGAAUGGACUGUCAAUUACCUUUACAGCCAGGGUCAUUUCGAAACAUGCCUGUCUUAUGUGGCUUCAUUUGCGGUCUCGAUGGGGGUGGAGUUCGAAUUCCAGACAGAUGACAGUGUUAUAAGUGAAUACGAUAGCUCGCAACUCGCUCUACGUCGGACCAAGCAGGAACGCGAGUUGAGCAAGAACUGGGGUAUCAUCAAGGAUGUGAUUGAUGCAGGUAUUCGUUCGCUCCUCACCUUGUUGCGACCUGCGACUACUUCAAAAUGGAUCAAAGCAUGGGUACCUCAAGCACCACGUGCAGCCACGGACAAGUAUGAAUGGGGGGAAACCAGUCUGCAGACGCUAGCCAGUGGGUUUCUCGCGUUUUGCAUGCGUGAGAUCCGCAUAGGAGCAGGCGAUACGCGAUCUGGCUAUUCCGAUAUGGUCAUCUGUCCGACCGAGGGCAGUAUUGAGGCCUUAGUCGAUAUGGACAAAGUUCGACUGCAGAACUGGACCGUUGCGCAUGGUUUGGCUCUCACAGCUGGGGAUCUAGCUCUGCAAUUGGGCCUCUAUCGUACAGCGAUUGAAGCACACACGCUCUUUCUCGCCGCGCGUGGACAGAUGUGGCGUGUGUUGCUAGCUCUUGCCAACGAACUUGCGUGCUACUUUGAUAUGCUUGGUCAGCAAAAACGAGCUGAUUUGGAGUCCCGAGAGGCACUCAAGAUUGUUGCCAAGGCAGCGGUCGUCGCAGCAAUACAGGCCACUCCUCGCUCAAAGAGGUUGCAAGUCGCUGACUUGGUGGUUGUGCAACACCGUGUCAUACCGGCCACUUGGGUCGACCAAGUGCUUGAUCCAAGCUAUACAGAUUGGGACGUGUUCGAUGACGAAGACGAUCUUCUCUUUGGCGGUCUUCUGCAAACCCUUGAUCCACAAACCGAUGAAAGCCGGUCGAUCCUGCCCGAAGAGAUCGGCAUUGCACUGGUCAAGGUGGUUUUCGCGAAAAAGAGUGGCCUUUUCGCGCUUCACUCAAAAUUCCCAGCUUACAUGCGCGAGUACCGUCAGCGUCUCGACAAUCAUGCGCUUAACGGUGACAAUGACACAUGGCAAGCUGAUGCUCUUGAGGCUAUCGAUGAGGACGAUACUGCGGAUCACGGCCCUCGAAGCGUUCGGACCCUCUAG